AUGGGUCACCUCCUUUGGAAAUAUUACCACCAUGGGGACCUCAUUAACUUCCGGAAACUCCUGUCAGAUAGUUACGAUAGCAUAGCUUAUUCCCUCGAUGAAAAUACACUACAAUCUGAUGACAAACGUAGCACUGGAGGCCAAACUGAUCUUGCCAUCUCUUCUAACAAAGUCAAAUUGAGAAAAUCUCUUUGCCAACAAAGAAGUGGUGCAUCUUUAAAAGGAGCUCAAAUCAGUCUUUCUUAUUUCGACGUUAACGGCAGAGAUUAUGCCGGAUUGACGAUUUUACACCGAGCCGUUUCCUCCACCGAAAAAUGUCGCGACGAGAAUGGGUUCGCCACGGCCCUCCUCAAUCACCCUGAUAUCGAUUUGUGCGUACAGGACAUUGAGAAUGGCUGGACUGCUCUACACAGAGCGUUGUACUUUGGCAAUAUCACCAUGGCGAGAGCAAUUAUAGAAAGAGACGAAAUAAAUGUUGGAAAGAAAACUAGCAGCACUACACCUGUUAUGUCAAGUUCAGUUUUUAAAAUAAAGGACAACGAGAAGAAUAGACCAUUCGAUUUAUACCAAACCAUUCUACCCAAGCCUUUUCCGAAUAACUCUCGUCUCACCUCUCCAGGCUUUGAUGAUCAAGGUUAUGCUGAGGAUUCAUCCGCGCACGAUGCGAAACCAUCUGAUUCAGAAGCUUCAGAGUUUGAUUCAGUGGACGGCAAUCUAGUCUUUGCUUGGGGUAGUAGCCGAAAUUGUGGACUUGGUUUCAAGGAUCAAGAUGAUCGCCAUUAUCCCGAGAAAAUAACACUAAGGCGUCCAAAUAAUUUAUUGCAAAGGUUUUAUCAAGAAUAUCAAGAGUCGCUAGAUGAUGAUGAGUCGGCGAAAAUUAACCAACCUGUGGCACAAUCUAUAUCUGAUAUACCUUUCGUGAUAGCUAACCGUCCGAUAAUAAUCCGAGAUGUUGUUGUAUCAAAGCUCCACAGCGCAAUUAUAACAGCUGACCCAGAGUCAAACCUCUACAUGUGUGGUUUCGGACCAGGUGGGAGACUUGGAACAGGCAACGAAGAUACCCAAUUUUCAUUCGUGUCUGUGCAUGGAGGAAGUCUUGCCGGAAGGAGGGUCUUAAAAAUCGCUCUUGGACAGGAUCACUCUUUAGCCGUUAUCGAGGAUGGUUCGGUCUUAUCUUGGGGCUCUAAUGUUCAUAGUCAACUGGGAUAUACCCUACCAUCAACGAGAACUCAAGAUCAUGGAUUAAUCAACGUGCAUGCACGUCAAAUAUUGGGUCCUCUCAGAAGAGUAGUUGUAAAGGGGGUCGCAGCUUCUACUUUUCACUCCGCAGCUUACACCUCUACUUCCUUGUUUACUUGGGGGAGGAAUAAAGGACAACUCGGCUUAAUGGACUCCGAUUCAAGGAGUAUCAAGUUUCAGUCAGCUCCUCGUGAAAUUGCCGUCUCGAUUCUCAAGGCGCCAAUUACUAACGUCUGUGCCACUGAUCAUGCCACAAUUGUGCUUCUAUCAAACCACCAUGUCUAUGUUUUCACAAAUCAUGGGUAUAGAAUCGUAAAGUUUCCCCUCAAUCACCAGCAUCCCAAAAAUUAUCCUAAUUGGAAUUCGAACCUAAGUUUCCAACGAAGAUCCAACUAUGUGUCAUCCAUUACAGCUGGUAAUGAUACGGUAGGAGUCAUCUCAAGUCGCGGAGAACUGUUUACCUUCACUGUACGAGAGGCUCCUUGUAACUCGAGCUCAGGAAAAUCAGAAAAUCCCGAAAAGUAUGACUCACUCUCUCAACCCGAGAGGGUUUGGUCACCGAAGAAAGAAGAUACUAGUGGUAUAAAAUCUGCUUCUAUUAGUGAGAAUGGAUCAAUCCUUGUUUGUACAAGAGCUGGUAGUGUUUGGUACCGCAUGAAGCGGAUAAGUACCCCGAGACCUGAAGUUAACUCUGCUUCAUCCAAAAAGGAAUGUCAAGGGUUCGAGCGUAUUCCUGGCUUGACAAAUAUUACAGCUGUGAGAAGCACGUCUUUUGGUGUCAACAUGGCGAUUCAAAAAAUAAAUGACUCAAUCGAAGAGCGAAUCUACCUCGAUGAGCCUUCUCUUCGAACAGAUACUGCGAGCCUAAUGGUCUUUCACCGCCUGGAAGGCUUAGCACGCGUACAAUCUCAAGAGAUUGUUUCGGUGCCGAGAAAAGCAGAGUCCAACUUAUCAGGCUCGGUCAUUGAUUCACUAGAAAGACUAAUUCACGCUAGCUCUGAACUAGAAGCAUCCUUACGCCAAUGCUUACUCAGACAGCCCAAUGAACGUAGCUUCAAUAUAGAGGUUCGAACUUCCAGCUCUGAUGUCUGUAUACCUAUGCAUAGCUUUCUGCUUGGACGGAGUUCGGUUCUUCGAAGGGCUAUGAGACAAUGUCGAGAUCAUGGAGAAAUCUUAAUUCCAAACAUUCUAUACAUGAGAACAAAGGCUUUGACGGGUGGAUCAGAACUUUAUUCUAAUGUAACAACAACCUUGACUUUUAAAGGUCUCGAAUUCAUGGCACUAGUCAAUCUCGUUGUCUAUCUGUAUACUGAUACGGUGAUUGAUACAUGGAGAUAUUCGAAUCAAAAAACAUCGGAAUCAUGUAGGAACCAAUCAAUCUUAUAUCAACUAAUCAACUUUGCUGGCCAUCUAGAGCUAAAGAAACUUCAAACUAGCCUUUUUCUUCGGUUGAUGGCUGAUGAAGGUAUGGAUACAGACAUGAAUCUCGCAAUUAUGGAUUCAACUUUCUUUCAAGAUGGCGAUGUCAUAGUUGAGCUCAAAGAUUCUGAGAGGAUGGUUCAUAGCGCAAUCCUCUGCCGACGGUGUCCGUUUUUCCAGGGUCUUUUCAAUGGUCAUGCAGCCGGAAUGUGGCUGGCGGGAAGACGGCAAGGGAGUGCUACAAAUCCCGUUCGGGUCGAUUUAAAGCAUAUAAGCUCCCGGAUCUUCGAUUUUGUAAUCCGAUUUAUCUACACCGAUAGUCGCAUCGAGCUCUUUGAUAAAGUUAUUUGCGCGAACAUCGAGGAGUUCCUAAAUUUAGUGCUUGAAGUUAUGGCUAUUGCCAAUGAGCUUAUGCUAGACUCACUAUCGAGGGUUUGUCAAAAAGUGGUUGCGAGGUUUGUCAGGGAUCAAAAUAUAUCCAGUCUAAUUAAUAUUAUUGCUCCGUGUUCUGUGCAUGACUUUAAAGUACAUGCUUUGGCAUAUAUCAGUCGACAGUUGGAAUUAAUGCUUGAAAACUACUUGCUUAGUGACCUUGAAGGAGAUCUUAUCCUUCAACUUGAUGAGAUAGUACGUCAGCACCGUCGGGAUGUUUUUCUUGAAGUCAACCGUUAUGAAAGAAUGUUUCUCUUGCGGUAUCCUGAUUUGACCUCGGAUAUAAAGGAUGAAAGACUUCGAAGGAUAAAAGAUAUGGAAUUUCGCGCGAACCUGGGCCUAUCGAGUAAUCGAUCAGAUCUUUUAUCGACGUCUCACACUUUGAGCGCAGAAAAUAUUGAGAACGUCCCUCUCUCGCGAAAAAAACUAAAACGGAAGUCCAAAGAAAUGAUGAAUAUUCCAAAGUCCCCAGAAUCUCGGCAGCUUCGACCUGAGUCUGACUUAAUUUUUGAGAUGGACACCGGUGAUUGUAGUCCUCUGAGCAGAAUAUCAAGAUCUCGGAUAGAAGCAAAGAUGGAUAGUAAUCUCGUAACAAUAAAUCAUACAGCAACAAAAGUUGCUGAUCCCACCUGGUGUCACUUCGGCAAUAUUGAACCUUUCAAUGACGCCUCGCAUCAAGUAAUCUCCAGUAAAGGUCUCGAAUCUCAGACCGAGAGCUUAGCUUCAUCGAUCAAGACUUGGUCAUCGGCCGUGCCGCUACCAUCAAAACCCGAUAUGAGAGAGAUCAUGGCACAAGCGACUUCGACUAAACCCAAAAAGAUUGAUCAUCCAAGUACUGUGAAAGAAUUUGAGGCAAGGUUAAAUAUGCCCAAAAUGUCCCAAAAGGAACGUAGGAAGCAAAAUCAUAAAUGUGCUGCAAAAUGCUUGCCAUCAUCUGUUGACGAAAGCUUAAAAAUAAAAUCACCUUGGAAUAUUAGUAACAGGAUAAUAAGAGGAAAUUCUAGUGAUGGGCUAACAACACCUCAAUCCAAGAUUACAAGAUACGCCGAACAGUCUGAAUCACUCAAGUCCUACAAUUCUCGAAAAACCUGCUCAGUUGAUUCAAAUUCUGCUGGAUGCUUCGCUAAAACUACUGUCCAUUCCACAAGAAGUUCUUUCUAUGCAUCGCUUCCCGCAUCAUAUUAUGGAACUAUUGAAGGUAUGUCGCACUCUUCUGUGAAUAGUAUAAAUGAGGACCGGUCAAGGACACUAUUGUUGCCGUCAAUGUCAGACAUUAUAGAGCAACAAAAGAGAGAGCAGGAGAUUUUGCGAAAAUCUGUGACUAAGCGCAACUUACAAGAAAUUCAAGAAGAACAGGCUUUUCAGGAAUGGUGGGAUAGUGAGAGUAAGCGGGUUCAGGAAACGGAAGCAGCAAGAACAGCUACAGAUGAUAACAGGGAUCAAGGUAAAACUUUGCAAGGUGAUGGAAGUCGUAGCAAAAAUAAUGGGAAGAAGAAAUCUCAUGCCAAUUAUCGAGGAGUUAAGUUUAAGGGGUAG